UUAAUACUAAUAGAAGGCGUUGAAAAAGAAAAAGAAAAAAAAAGGCGCUUGAAGUAGCGAGGUUUAUGAGUGGACAACGAAACCCUUAACAUUUCUGCUGGACUCACUCAAGCACUUGAAAAGAAGAAGACAAAACCCUUAAAAAGGAAUAUGACUUGUGUUGCUGGUAGUAGCACUCCCACGGCUGAGGAUGAUAUUUCCCCGCUUUGGAAGUAUGUAACGAAAAUAGACAAGAUAGGUGUAGGGGGAGGGAAUUGUAAAUUCCAAUGCAAUUAUUGUCAGUUGAUUUUUAAAGGGUCAUAUACUAGAGUUAAGUCUCACUUGCUAAAAAUACCGGGUCAAGGAAUUCGGGGAUGCUCCAAAGUGACACCUCAAGAUAUUCGAGAAAUGCAAAGAGUGGUAGUGGAUCAAGCUGAACCGAAGGUUAGAAAAAAUCCCCUUGAACUGGUUCCUUUGCUACUGCCACCGCCGCCACCGCCGCCGCCGCCACCACCACCACCGCCGCCGCCGCCGCCCCCUUUUAAUGUAACCUCAUGGUCUUCUAGUGCUUGUUCUGGCAUUGGGGCAUCUGCCAUUGGUUCAUCUAGGCAGGAGAGUUUAGAGCCAAAGAAAAGAAAGGCCGCAGAAUGUGCAAUUGUAGGGAAAUCGUCGACUCUUGAUGCUAAGGAACACUUAGAUGCUAUGAUUUCCAAGAUGUUCUAUUCAGAGGGCUUGCCGUUUCAAUUUGCUCAAAAUCCAUACUACAUAAGCGCAUAUUCUUUUGCUGCUGAAAAUCUAAUCAGUAAUUAUUGUCCCCCUGAUAUCAAUAUGUUGAAAACAACACUUCUUCAAAAAGAGAAAGCAAAUAUUGAGAGGUUGUUGGAACGCAUCAAAAACACAUGGAAGGAGAAGGGUGUAAGUAUCAUAAUUGGUGGAUGGGCUGAUGAAAAAGAGCAACCGUUUGUAAGUUUAAUGGCAGUAACUGAAGAUUGGCCAAUUUUUUUGAGAGCCAUUAACUGCGAAGGUAAAUAUGAAGAUGAAAAUUUUCUUGCUGUUGUGAUUAUGGAGACCAUUGCUGAGGUCGGACCCCAAAAUGUGGUUCAAGUGAUAACAAACAAUGCCCCUGUUUGUAGGGCUGCUGGAAUGCUUGUUGAGGCCCAAUAUCCACACAUUUUUUGGACACCGUGUGUGGUUGAAAGCAUCAAUCUUGUUAUAAAAAAUAUAUGUGAAGCAAAAGACACAGAGGCUAAAGAUGUUACAUAUGAUGAAUGUAGGUGGAUUACAACUAUUAUUGCAGAUGCUAUGGUAGUAAAAAAUUUCAUUAUGCAUCACUCAAUGAGAACAGUCAUCUUUGAACUGUUUGCUAAUUUGAAGAUGCUUGCAAUAGCAGAUACACGCUUGGCCACAAUGAUUGUCUUGCUCAAAAGGUUUAAACUCAUUAAAAGCGACCUUGAGAACAUGGUUAAUAGUGAUAGAUGGGCUCGUCUGGAAGUUGAUAAUGUUCAAAAGGCACAAUUUGUGAAGGAAAAAGUAUUAGAUCACUUAUGGUGGGAAAAGAUUGAUUACAUACUUUCAUUUAUGGAUCCCAUAUAUCAAAUGCUAAGGGUUGCUAUUGCAGAGAAGCCAUCUCUUCAUUGUGUAUAUGAUAUGUGGGACUCGACAAUUGAAAGAGUAAAUGUGGCUAUAUAUCAACAUGAAGGGACACAGGAAGAUGAGGAUUCAACCUUUUAUUCCGUAGUGCACAAAAUAUUAGUUGAUGGGUGGGAUAAAAGUCACACGCCUCUUCAUUGCUUGGCACAUUCAUUGAACCCAAGGUACUAUAGCAGAAUGUGGCUUGAUGAGGCUCCUAACCGUGUUGCACCCCAUGGGGAUGCAGAAAUUUCUCGUGAAAGGAACAAAUGUAUGAAAAGAUAUUUUCCAGAUAUUGAGGAGCGAACAAAGGUCAAUACUGAGUUUGCAAAGUUUGCAGCUAAGUAUGAUAAGUUUGGAGAUCAUGAUUCCUCGCAUGAUAGAGGAAUCAUGGAUCCAAAGAUUUGGUGGAUUGUCCAUGGGUCUUCAGCGCCCAAACUACAAAGUUUAGCCAUAAAACUACUUGGACAACCUUGUUCCUUAUCUUGCUGUGAGAGGAACUGGAGUACAUAUUCGUUUAUAAAUUCGAUCAAGAGUGACAAUUUAAAUCCAAAAUUUGCUGAAGAUUUACUAUUUGUGCAUACCAAUCUUCGUCUCUUGUCAAGAAGAAGUCCACAAUACAUGCAAGGAGAGAACAAAAUGUGGGAUGUGGGAGGAGAUGCUUUUGAAUCAUUCGAGGGUGCUGGCAUGCUUGAGACUGCAUGUCUUUCACUUGAUGAACCAGAGUUGGAGGCUGAAGUAUUUGCCGAUGCAAGAAAUAGCUAUGAUGUUGAGCCUAUUAAAGUGGGGUCCAAUGGAAGAAAAUUUUAGUUUUAAUUUUUAUGAUCUGUUUUCCUUGAUUGAAUGAUGGAUAGUGAAUUUAUGAUAGUGAUAUCUUUAUAUGGAGUUAGAUACUUUAAUGGGGUCAAGUACUGUUCUGUAUUAUAAUGGUUUUUAGAUGCAAUUAAUUUUGAUUUAUUUGUUCA